AAUCAAACUUUUCCCAACAUGGCGAGACAGCAGAGAAGACACGCUGAGAAAAACUCAGAAGCGCAGCAAAGAGGCGGCCAGCCUACCCGGCAAGAUCUGCGCUCUCCCUUCCAGUUACCUCCUCCAGUCAGCGGGGACGGGGCUCUCGUGACGCAAGAAACUCGGUAUAGGCUGCUUCAUGUGGUAAUCGGCCCGCCCUGCAUGUUACGAUUUCCUAGCCUGGCGGAAGUGCCCACGAGCAGCUUCUUUCGUCUCACUGGUGUUAAAACAUCUGCGCCUGGUGCUGCGCCAAAGGUGCUGUUGCUUCUUCCGUGCGAGAGCGGCUAUACCUGGUUUCUGUCUCAGAAAUGUCGGGAGCCGGCCUCCAGCAGCCGAAUGGGGAAGCAACAGGCAUGAAAGCAGAAUCUGAAGAACAAGUUCUGGUGCAUGAAGAAUUCACUUACAUUUAUGGAGCAGCUACACAGGUUUUAAAGUGUGGCCCUGGGAAAGAUCUCUGGAAAAAUGAAAAUGCUCCCAGACUCUUAUUUCUAGUUAUCCCAGGUAAUCCAGGAUUGGCCGGCUAUUACCGGACAUUUAUACAAACUUUGUACUCUGGCCUGAAUCGGCAGUAUCCAGUUUGGGUUGUGAGUCAUGCUGGACACUGUAAAGUCCCCCAUGGCAUGGAAAUGAUGGAAGAGACGGAUGUUAACAAACUAGAUGACGUCUUCGGACUUGAAGGGCAAAUCAAACACAAGUUGAACUUUCUUCGAAAGAAUGUGCCCAAGGAUGUGAAGCUUGUGCUUGUUGGCCAUUCCAUUGGUUGUUAUAUUGCCCUUGAAAUGAUGAAGCAUGAACCAGAACUGGAGAUUCUCCGCAGUAUGCUGCUGUUCCCUACAAUAGAGCGCAUGGCUCAAUCCCCACAAGGCAAGUUCAUGACACCUCUGCUCUGCCAGCUACGUUACAUUCUGUACAUGCCCAUAUUCCUGAUGACUCUUCUGCCAGAAAGAGUCAAAAGCUCCCUGCUGCGUUUCGCACUACAAGGACCGAAAUACGAUGAAUCUUCAAUUGCAACGUCUAUAGAUCUGAUUAAUAUGGAUUGUGUUGCAAACAUCAUGUACUUGGCAAGUCAGGAGAUGAGGAAGGUUUUAGAGAGAGAUAGCACUACUAUAAGACAACAUUUAAAGAAGUUGACUUUUUAUUACGGAGUUACAGACAUGUGGUGUCCUAUGCAGUACUAUGAAGAGAUGAAGAUGGAGUUCCCAGAUGGAGACAUCCGUUUGUGUGAGAAAGGGAUUCGCCAUGCAUUUGUCCUGGACGCCAGCAAGGAGGUUGCUGAAAUGAUUACAGACUGGGUACAGGAUGAUCUGGCCAGACUGUAAAUAAAAAACAGGGUGGGAAAUGUUCAACUGUAUUGGGGAUGUGUAAUUGUACUUGAAAAGGUGUGUCCCUAAUUUUGUCUGUGCAUUUUGGCUUGUUUCCUCUGAAGGAUGUGGCUUGAUUUUGUGGCCCACGUUGCAGUCCCUACUGAAUGCCCAAGAUGUGGUUCUAAGUGCCUUGAAUGGAUUUUGUCAAAUGUAAAACUGGACCUUACAAACAUAUUUAUUAUUUACAUAUUUACAUAUAAGAUGCUGGCUGUGGCUUCUAAACACUAAAGUAGCAUGUGACUAAUCAGUGCUACCAAUUAUGGGCAAUUUCCCACUGGUGGAAGGAGUGACUAAAUUUGAAUCCACACAUGCAUAUGCAAUUAGGGGUAUUUUCAACCUCAAUAGACUUGAGUGAGAAAGCCAUUGCAGAUAAAGCUGUGUCCCCUCAAAUGCAAUACUGGGAAUUUAUGCAUUCAGCAGCAAAUCAUUGGGUGGUAUUCAGUGCUAGUCCUGUUCAGAGUAGACUCAUUGAAGUUAAUAGACGUGACUAACUUAGGUUCAUUAAUUUCACUGGAUCUACUCUGAGUAGGAUUUAGCUGAAUACAACCCAUUGAGUGUGAGGGGAUGUCAGUGGAUGUAUAUGCAUGUGUGAAGCAGGCAUAAGUACAGAGUGUUAAAAUACUUCAGUAUGAAGUAGCAAAACACUGAAAUGCUUAAAACUAAUGUGCUGAUGAUGACCAUCUGCUUGCAGCACUAAGCUCUAAAUUCCUUUAUAGCUCAUGUUUUAAAAUGUUAUUCUCAAAGAAUUCCAGUAAGGUUAAUUUUUCUACAAAUGCUUUAUUGAAAAGGUUUUUUAAAUAUAAAAAACAGACACGGGGGAAACUUUAAUACAUACAUAUUCAAAGUAUUUGAAACAGUUCAGAGUUCAUAUAAACCAUUUUAAAAGUCUGCUAUUUCCUUUCCCAUCUCUUUUGUAUCAAACUACCUUUACAAAUAUUCACUUUUCACGAGGCAGAAGAAAGAAAAUGAGUUGGAUGAGAGAGUAUCUUUAAGCCCUCAGUUCCUAAAGGCCUAUUUCUCACUGCUUGUGAAAAGGUAAGCCUCUUUCUGGAUCAUACUACUUGAGACUGUGCAAAGGGUCACAUGAUUGAUUGAAUGCUCCUCCAUACAAAAAACAUGGCCAGCAAAUAGACAUUGGGGAUCUUUAGCCUAGUUUUUUCGUACAUGCUAAUUUUCCAAAUGCAGGGUGGAAGUUGUAUUUUUUUUUAUUGUUGAGCAUUCAAUCAUGUGAGCCUUCAUCGGAAGUGUAAAGUGGUUUUACUCAGAAACAAGUUUACCUCCUCAUCUGCUGUGAUAACUGGGCAUUAAAUGAAUAGAUGUUUAUUAGUUCCGCUGUCAGUUUCAUCAACAGGCCUUUCUAAUAUCUGUCUAAGUGCAAGCAGGCCUAAAAGAUAUGGAUGCUGAAUGGUUGCCUCCUCAGACCAGGCUGUGAUUCACUAUACCUUCCAGAUCACUCUUUCCAGUUUCAAAAUGCUAAUGACAUUGACCAAUUGAUACCUGACUUUGUAUAUCAUUACUCAUUCAUCUGGGGAAAAAUAACCACUAGUCAGUGGUUAUCUCUGGAAUGCAUUAUGUUUGCUACUAUUAUAUAGAUGUAGGCCCUAAAAAUGUAUUUCCCUAAUACAAUACACAAAAAUAACCUUAAAA